AAAGCCAUUUUCCUCCGGCCGACUCUGUCGCUUCUCUCUAGGGUUUGUUUCCCAGUCCUUGCGCCUGUCGAUUUCGUUUGUUUGAGUGUCCGAUCGUUAUUCUCAAUGGCAACAGAAACCAAACCCGCUGCCUCUGAGGAUCCUAAGGUCGAUCUGUUCGACGACGACGAUGAGUUCGAAGAAUUCGAGAUCGGCGAAGAAUGGGAUGAUGAGAAAGAAGAAGGCAAAGAAGUCGUGCAACAGUGGGAGGAUGAUUGGGAUGAUGACGACGUGAAUGAUGACUUCUCUCUGCAACUUAAGAAAGAGCUCGAAAGCAACUCUAGCAAGAGUUGAAUUUAAGUUGCCCCCACCCUGUUUUCUAUUUUGAUGCAAGUAACCAUUGUUUGUUCCCACGUUAAAGUUUCAACUUGUGAAAUCUAGACUUCUGGUAAUUUCAGAUUUGGAUGUUUAAUGUGUAAAUCGGCCAGGUGCUUGAUCCAAAACGCUUUCUGAUUUGCAACAAAAGUUCAGUUUGGUACACUA